CUGGAGCCGCGGACACGCCGGCUUUGAGCAUCCCCAGCCGGCCAGGUGGGAGGCCCCGGGGCUGCGGCUCCGGCGGCCGCGGCUCGCGCCGCCCUCGACAUGACAAGCGUCGGAGAGGACGGCGGCGUUGGGGGCGGCGCCCACCUGCUGGGCUUCUCGGAUGAGAUCCUGCUGCACAUCCUGCGUCACGUGCCCAGCACGGACCUGGUGCUGAGUGUGCGGCACGUGUGUCGGCGGCUGGCAGCACUGAGCCUGGAUAAGAGCCUCACGCACACGGUGCUGCUGCAGAAGGACUACGAGGCCAGCGAGGACAAGGUGAAGCAGUUGGUGAAGGCCAUCGGCCACGAGAUCCAGCAGCUCGACCUGGCCGGCUGCUACUGGCUGUCGGGCGCCACAGUGGAGCACGUGGCUCGCUGCCACAGCCUGGUGAAGGUGAACCUGGCCGGCUGCCACCUCACCUCACUGCGCCUCUCCAAGGUGCUGUCGGCGCUGCCGCACCUGCGCUCGCUGGCCAUCGACGUGAGCCCCGGCUUCGACGCCAGCCAGCUGAGCUCCGAGUGCAAGGCCACCCUGAGCCGCGUGCGCGAGCUGAAGCAGACGCUCUACACGCCCUCGUACGGCGUGGUGCCCUGCUGCACCAGCCUGGAGAAGCUGCUGCUCUACUUCGAGAUCCUUGACCGCACGCGCGAGGGCGCCGCGCUGUCGGGCCAGCUGCUGGUGGGCCAGAGCAACGUGCCGCACUACCAGAGCCUGCGUGUCUUCUACGCCCGUCUGGCGCCCGGCUACAUCAACCAGGAGGUGCUGCGCCUCUACCUGGCCGUGCUCAGCGACCGCACGCCCGAGAAUCUGCGCGCCUUCCUCAUCUCCGUGCCCGGAAGCUUCGCCGAGAGCGGCGCCACCAAGAACCUGCUGGACUCCAUGGCCCGCAACGUGGCGCUGGACGCCCUGCAGCUGCCGCGCUCCUGGCUCAACGGCUCGGCGCUGCUGCAGCACCUGCGCUUCAACAAGCCCUUCUUCUUCAGCUUCAGCCGCUGCGCCCUGUCCGGCGGCCACCUGCUGCAGCGCCUGCUGCACGGCGGCCGCGACCUGCGCAGCCUGGCCAGCCUCAAUCUCAGCGGCUGCGCACACUGCCUGUCCCCCGACGCCCUGCCCCGCAAGGCGGAGGACGACAUCGACAGCAGCAUCCUGGAGGCGCUGGUGGCCGCCUGCUGCCAGCUGCGCCACCUCAACCUCUCGGCCGCCCACCACCACAGCGCCGAGGGCCCCGGCCGCCACCUGUGCCAGCUGCUGGCCCGGCUCCGCCACCUGCGCUCGCUGGCGCUGCCCGUGUGCGCCGUGGCCGACUCGGCGCCGCGGGCCGACCGCGCCCCCGCCCAGCCCGCCAUGCACGCCGCGCCCCGUGGCUUCGGCAAGAAGGUGCGGCUCGGCGUGCCCUCCUACCCCGGCCCCUUCGCCGCCGGCCAGGCCGGCCCGCAGCCCGCCUCCGUGUUCUGGUCGCUGCUGCGGAGCGUCCCCUUCCUGCAGCGCCUGGAGCUCAUCGGCUCCAACUUCUCCUCGGCCAUGCCGCGCAACGAGCCGGCCAUCCGCAACUCCCUGCCGCCCUGCAGCCGCGCCCAGAGCGUCGGCGACGCCGAGGUGGCCGCCAUCGGUCAGCUGGCCUUCCUCCGCCACCUGACGCUGGCCCAGCUGCCCAGCGUGCUCACGGGCUCCGGGCUGGUGAGCAUCGGCCUGCAGUGCCAGCAGCUGCAGUCCCUGUCACUCGCCAACCUGGGCAUGAUGGGCAAGGUGGUGUACAUGGCCGCCCUCUCCGACAUGCUGCGGCACUGCACACGCCUGCGCGACCUCAGGCUGGAGCAGCCCUACUUCAGUGCCAACGCGCAGUUCUUCCAGGCGCUGAGCCAGUGCUCGGCUCUGCAGCGGCUGUGCCUGGUGUCCCGCAGCGGCACAAUGCAGCCCGAGGCCGUGCUGGCCUUCAUGGCCCGCUGUCUGCGUGUCGUGGUGUGUCAUAUGUUCACCGGGGAGUCCCUGGCCACCUGCAAGAGCCUGCAGCAGUCACUCCUCCGGAGUUUCCAGGCCGAGCGGCCCGCGCUGAACGUGGUCAUCUUCCCAUUGCUGCACGAGGGGCUGGCGGAUGCCAUCCGGGACGUCCCCAUGGUGCACCUGGACGAGAUCACCUUGUUUAAGAGCCGAGUGGCUGAGGAACCGCCCAACCUGUGGUGGUGACGCCUGCAGUGCCCAGAGCCGCCCAAGGGGCCACAGUGCAGCUGGAGAAGGACGCCGUCCCCUCCCCCUUCCGCCCUCCUGCCUU